UAUUCACCUCUCAUUCUGAAGAUGGGAAAACUUCCGUCCCAUUAACAAAACCCCGGCAUCCGACGUAACAGGUCUUUUUAUUUUCUCUGCCAGCCUUCUCAAUAAUGGGCCACAACUUGCUCCGGCGCUCCCUCUCUUGUCAGGAAAGGUCCUCAGCAAACUUCAGGUCCUGGUUGUCCUUUAAGAAUGGAGAUGUCUUAGCUGCUUUCCACAGGCCAUCUCUGGUUCUGCGGGAGAUGAACUGGAUGAUAAUAGGUCUGGGACUGGUGUUGUUUGGGCGUUUGGAGCCGACCCCGAUGUACGGUGUCAAUGGUGUCAUAAAGUUAAUUUUUACAUUCAGGCAACACAACCUGACAAAUCUCAACAGCAACUCUCCAUGUAUCCUCCUGUUGCUCUUCUUUGACACCAAACAGCCUGAGGUUCCACCGUCUGAAGUAUCGCUGGAGAUCUGUGAUUCUUUGCUGGUUUUUAUCCAUACGCUCUUCCUCUUUGGAGAUUUUCUGCUCCAAAGUGCCCACUCUGCAUUUGACAUCUUUUAUCUCUUCACGUGCAAAGUCCACAGUUUUUCUGAUCCAGGUCAUCCAUUCUUUCGUUUAUUAGCUUUGACAGAGUUUCAACAAUAUCCACGCUAUCUACCUUUGAAUGCAACGCUGUCUUUGGCGCCGGAGACUGGCUGGGUGAGACGGGUAGAGGUGGAAACUCGUCCAUUACGUCCUCGAUAAUUGGGAGAGGUAGUGAAAGAGCCGUGUAGUGAUGGCAGUUAUCAAGCAGUGGGUUUACCGACCCGGCUGUUUGGCUAGCAUUAGCCUUUAGUAGUAGCUUCGUCCUGGAGCUAGCCGAGGGUCUUUUAUUGUCACGCUGUGACAUUUUGUCGCUUUAUUGAUCAAAAUCAGUCCUUUUCUGGCUUAAAUACCGAAAACGCUUCUGAGGUCUGAGUUGACACAGUGUUCCUACGGUAUUAUAGCGUUACAUUUGCUAAGCUGGGGAGUAAGCGUGCACUUACUCCGCCAUCUUGGAACGCCCCCUCGCUCUUUGAUCCUUUGACCUUCAAAGGACCAUUCUGACGUCACGGUCGACUUCACGGUCUCUCGAGUCCUUAAAUAGGGGAGCUCCUUUAACAGUUUACAUUGGAGCAUUUUCAGAAACAGCCAGUUGUUUUAGACAAAGCGAAUACGUAUUUAACCUGUGACACCGUGCUUUAAACCUUUAAAAAAUGUCACAGGAAUCAUUAGAUAACUUACCUUCUGGAAGCGAUAGUGGAUUGGAAUCACUCAGGCUGCGGCUUCAGGCUUUUAAUAUGAGACUGUCUCAGGAUCACGAACACUCAAGGCUAAAUUCUGAGAUCAGCAGUAUAAUUGUUACUCAGCUGUCUGACGUUAGAAGGGACAAAGAUCGAAUCAGCAAAGAGUAUAAAGACAGUAGGAGAGCUAACAGGGAAGAGACAGAAAAACAUUGGGAACAAAACACAGAACUCACAACAAGAUAUGAAGAUAUCAAAACAAAAAACGCAGAACUCAGAAGAGAGUACGAAAAUAUUACAAAAGAAGACACAGAACUCAGGGAAGAAAAUGUAGAACUCAGAAGAGGGCACGAAAAUAUUACAAAAGAAGACACAGUACUCAGGGAAGAAAAUGCAGAACUCAGAAGAGGGUACGAAAAUAUUACAAAAGAAGACACAGAACUCAGGGAAGAAAAUGCAGAACUCAGAAGAGGGUACGAAAAUAUUACAAAAGAAGACACAGAACUCAGGGAAGAAAAUGCAGAACUCAGAAGAGGGUACAACAAUAUUACAAAAGAAGACACAGAACUCAAGGAAGAAAAUGCAGAACUCAGAAGAGGGUACGAAAAUAUUACAAAAGAAGACCCAGUACUCAGGGAAGAAAAUGCAGAACUCAGAAGAGGGUACGAAAAUAUUACAAAAAAAACCGCAGAACUCAAGGAAGAAAACGCAGAACUCAGAAGAGGGUACGAAAAUAUUACAAAAAAAAACGCAGAACGCAGGGAAGAAAAUGCAAAACUCAGAAGAGAGUACGAAAAUAUUACAAAAGAAAACGCAGAACUCAGGAAAACUGUGGAAAAUCAUCAGCGCCUAGUGGAAGAAGCACAGUGUAUAAUAAAUAGAAAUGCUCCUGAACCUGAGGAGGCUGAGACCCAUGGUUCGUGGUGUCAUGGUGCCAAACGCCUACUUAAAGUAGGUUUAGGUCUUGCCACAGCGGCCAUUGUUGUUCCUGCAGCUUGCUGGGCCAUCUCAAAGCUUUUCCGCUAAAGUGAAUGUCCCGCUCUGUGGGAUCAUGAUAAUAAUCAUGAUCCCACAGAGCGGGGAUCGCUACAAUUGUGGAUUCUGGUCCACAUCCACAAUUACAGCCCUACUGUAAUUGUGGAUGUGGACCAGAAACCCCUUAAAAACAGUAAUGAUGUUUUCCAGCCACAUUCCACCUUCAUCCUGGCGCUGUUCCCGCUGGUGCAGGGUCUGCUCUUCGGCAAAGGUUUCUCAAUUUGCUUCUGUCCAAGGUGUCCUCAGACGAUGCGUUAACGGUCUUAAUGUCUUCCUUGAUUUUGUCCAUCCACCGUUUCUUCGGUCUGCCUCGAGGCCGGCGCCCUUCUGGGUCGAUCCUCAUAGCCAUUUUUGGUACAGAGUUCUCAUCGCUUCGAAUCAUGCGUCCAUACCACCUCAGGUGGGACUCGAGCAUCUUUUGGACUCCAGCCACAGCCCACCAGCCUGUCAUAAAUUCUGUGCUCUCCUUUAUGUUUGAUUUUAUU